GCUUCUGCCCAUGAAUGGGACUCCGCCCUGAGCGCCCCCUCCCGGUCUAGGGUAGGCGGCGGGGGGCGCCCCGCAAUCCCGCGGCUUCCAGCCGCCACCGGCGCAGCAAGUUGGGCGAGUUGGUGGCCACCGGCACCUGCCUCCUGUCCCCGGCCCCAGAGUCCGCUCCCGGCCCGGGGAGUGCAGGUGGCUCGCGAGGCUACCUCCCGCCGUCGCCCAGGGCGGCCUAGGGACCCUGCCUGCGCCCGGGCACCAGACCAUGGUGGGCAGCUGCGACCCAGAGCCGCAGCCGCCGCGAACCGACGUCGCCCUCCACCAGCCCCCGCCCCACCCGAGCGGACGCGCGGGGGCUCGCAGCGCGCGGUCACUUCCUUCCACGGCCGGGAUGGGCGGCGCGGGACCGAGCGAGCGGCCCAGCGGCGGCCGGGUAACCCCUAUCUGAGCUGCGGCCGGGAGCUGCCGACCGCCGGGGCGUGCGAGCCUGGGGGUCCUGGAGGCGCGGCGAUGACCUGAUCCCAAGCCCGCCAGGGCGCCGGUCCCUCGCUGCCCAGUUCGCUCGGAGCCUGUGCGGAGACCGGCUCGGUGCGGUGGCUCCGGUGCACGGUGGCGGGGAGCUCCGGUGAAAGGCGUGUGGGCGCCGAGCUGGGGAGGACACCUUCGGCAGCUCUGCCUUUGGAGGGGCUUCUGUAAACUACUGAGUCAUUCCAGAUUUAGGAUUUCCUAAAUAAUCACCAACUGUGCCCGUCUCGUGCCGGAACGCAGGCUGUGAGAGCGGGAGCGCCCGCUUUCGGGACCCCGCGGUUCCCCGGGGUGCUUGGCCCUCGAGGAUCUCCCUCCCUCCUGCUGUCCCUCCCCCUCCCUCGUCUGCCGCUCUCUUUGCAGUGCUGCUGGAGGAGAGGAGCGCUCUUCGCAGCUGGAAACAGCUGCACACCCCCCCUCCCCGCCCCGCGUCCCUACCCCGAGUCUGGUUAACCGCUCCCACUUCUCGCCUUUUGGAAUUCUGGAAGUGGGGGUGCCGGCCCCCGGAGAACCGCAGCCGGUGCGAUGCAUUCCGUAGACCUCACCCAGCUGGGACGGACCUCCUAAUCUUCAGAACCGCGGGCCACAGGGAGUUAAAUUGCUGCCUUCCUCUUCUCUGUCGCGGUUGGUGGUUCGUUUUCUAAAGGAACGUUUUAUUCACUUUUUACUAUAUAUAUUUUUAAGCCGGGGGCUCGCUUCUAACCUCGGUCCAGACUCUGCCUUGUAAACGGGUUUCUAUGUAUAUAUGUGUAGGUAUACUUUGGACACCUUACAACGCUUGCGCCUCUCCAACCGGGGCACAGCUUGUUAUUUUGGACAUCUUUUUCCCCUUUCCACUUGGUACCUUGAACGCAGUGUGACCAAACUCUCCACUGCCCUUUGGACGUGGAUCGCCUUGGGGGUGCAAGUUUGGGGUACAAACGUCUACUUCGCAAGAAGGCCUGGGACCGCCCCGCCCCCGCCGCCAGUGGUUGGGGAAGUUUACAUCCGGAUUUUCACACGUUUUGUUGCCACUGCCCAGACUCUGAUUAACCUUGUGGGCUCCAGGUUUUCGAUACUGCAACCUCCUCAAAUAUUAGCACUGCCUCCCCGCGCCUGUCCUAUUCCUCCAGGCCCCCGAGGUCCUGCCCUCAUCCCGGCGGAGCAGGAACCCGAGGGCGCAGUGGAGCCCGGGGCCUCGGGCCCGCGCUGAGCAGCCAUGGCUGCGGCGAUAGCCAGCUCCUUGAUCCGGCAGAAGCGGCAGGCGAGGGAGUCCAACAGCGACCGGGUGUCGGCCUCCAAGCGCCGCUCCAGCCCCAGCAAAGACGGACGCUCCCUGUGCGAGAGGCACGUCCUCGGGGUGUUCAGCAAAGUGCGCUUCUGCAGCGGCCGCAAGAGGCCAGUGAGGCGGAGACCAGAACCCCAGCUGAAAGGGAUUGUGACAAGGUUAUUCAGCCAGCAGGGAUAUUUCCUGCAGAUGCAUCCAGAUGGUACCAUUGAUGGGACCAAGGACGAAAACAGCGACUACACCCUCUUCAAUCUAAUUCCUGUGGGACUGCGUGUGGUGGCCAUCCAAGGAGUAAAAGCCAGCCUUUAUGUGGCCAUGAAUGGAGAAGGCUAUCUCUACAGCUCAGAUGUUUUCACCCCAGAAUGCAAAUUUAAGGAGUCUGUGUUCGAAAACUACUAUGUGAUCUAUUCCUCAACCCUGUAUCGCCAGCAGGAAUCAGGCCGUGCAUGGUUUCUAGGACUCAAUAAAGAAGGUCAAAUUAUGAAGGGGAACAGAGUGAAGAAAACCAAACCCUCAUCUCAUUUUGUACCAAAACCUAUUGAAGUGUGUAUGUAUAGAGAACCAUCACUACAUGAAAUUGGAGAAAAACAAGGACGCUCGAGGAAAAGUUCGGGAACACCCACCAUGAAUGGAGGCAAAGUCGUGAAUCAAGAUUCGACAUAGCCUAGCGAAGAACUCUUCUGACCUUCCCUCUCCUCCCUCUCCCUUCUUCUCCCUCCCUUUCCCCAUUUUCUCCAGUAAAUCCGCCCAACAAGAGAGAAAAUAAUAAAACAGCAUCACAGGACUUAGUAGCUGAGAUUCUGCACUCAAAAUCUUCCUUUGUGUAGGACAAGAAAUUUGAACCAAAGCUUGCCUGUUGCAAUGUGGUAGAAAAUUCACAUGCAUAACAAUUACUGCAUAUAAGAGCAAAGGAAAAAAAUAAAUCGGACUCCACAAACAUUAAA